AUGUGUAGUAAAGAAGAUUCUAUUUGGUGGAGGGAUAUUAUCAAUAAUGAUUUGAUCGACAAGCUUGUUGUUAACAGAUUCACUGGUUGUUACAACUGUUGUUGUAAAAAUGGAAAAAAUACUCUCUUUUGGCAUAAUUUAUGGUUGGGAGAUCAAUCUCUUCGAGAAUUAUAUCCAAAAUUGUUUGAUAUGUCAACCAUUCAAAAUUAUGCGGUUGCGGAUUUAUUAGUAAUGAAUAAUGGCAGGCACAAGUGGGCGUUGGAGCUGUUGUUCAGCCGUAGUGAUGGUCCCGCUGCUGUUGUUGCGGGUGUCCUGGACAGCGUUGGGUGGUCGCGGCUCUGUUCCGAGAUGGACGCAGUGCGGCUGUAUGCGUCUGAGAAUGAUGAUUUUUUAUGGUGCACUAAUUCGGAAAACGAGUUUUCGGUGGCUUGUAUAUCUAACAUUGUUAGUGUUUCCAAAUCUUUUGCUUGGGCUCCUAAUGUUAUCAAGUUAUUGAAGGUGAUGUGGAAUCUUAUAAUUCCUCCUAAAAUGAAAGUUUUUGCUCAGAGAUUUUUAGUUGAAAGAAUUCCUUCUAAAGAUCUUCUGUUGAAAAGGGCAAUGGCUAACUUGAAUAUUAUGGAUUGUGUUUUUUGUGGCACGCAUACGGAGAACUUAUCUCAUCUCUUUUUUAAUUGUCAAGUGGUGAAAGAGAUUUGGAAGAGUAUGUAUGGUUGGUUGGGUAUUUUGGAAGACAUCAACGGUGAAGAAUUCUUGGAUUUUGGCCUAAUUCAAGAAAAAGUGAAGAAUGCUAAUCAUAGGGUGAAGAUCAAUAUUAUUUGGAUAGCUACAAUAUGGAGGAUUUGGCUUAUGAGGAAUGCCAUAAAUUUUGAGGGGGAGUCCUUUUGCAAUAUCAUCUUUUUUUCUUGGAGAAGGUUGUCUAAUGGAAAUCAUAAGUUUAAAUCUAUUUAUUAUGAAUGGUUUAAAUUCCCUUUAUCUUGUUCAAAUACUUUAUAG